GUCAACCGCGUUUGCGUAAUUUUGAUAAUCGUCGUCGUUUGACGGCGUAUUCUUAACUGGACUGGUUGAUUUUGUAAUCUUUAUACUCAGUGGGCAGAAUUAAAAAAAAAUCUUUCUCCUCUUUGGCAGACGGAGGUUAUUUUUUUGUUUGUUUUUGUUUUGUUUGUUUGUUGUCUGUGCACGUCCGCCUCACUGUGUGAAAUGUGAACAAGCAGCAGACAGCUGAGCUUUGACCUCCUCUUCGUGCCUUUCGCCACACUGCAGCUGGGUUUUCUGUCGGCAAACCCAAACUGGAACAAAAAGCCAAGGGCGGACCUAAUCUGGACUCCAAAGAAGACGGCGGAGAAUAGCUUUGUCCAUGGCACAAAUGAAGAAAGUUCUGUCCUUCCUGCUGACUGCCUAUGUCUCGGUCCCUGUUCUUCUCUACCUGUUUCCCUGGAUACUGAGCUAUGCCAUAUUCUCUCAUCUGCUGAGGUUUCCAUACUCGGUGGAUCUCCGCAGACCUCAGGAUGUCCUGAACCACACCUGCAACUUCUACCUCAGCCCAGAGGAGGGCGUCUCAGUGGGAGUGUGGCACACGCUCCCCGCCAGCCAAUGGGAGACGGCCGCUGGGAGGGAUCUCGACUGGUACCAGGAGGCCCUGGGAGACGGGCGUCCUGUUAUUAUCUACCUCCAUGGCAACGUAGGGACCAGGGCGAUCAGUCAUAGAGUGGAGCUGGUGAAGAUCCUGAGUGCUGCAGGAUACCAUGUCUUAUCGUUAGACUACAGAGGAUUUGGAGAUUCUUCCGGAGAGCCCAGCGAGGCUGGGUUGACCAACGACGCCCUCUACCUGCACCACUGGGCAAAGACACGAAGCAGAGGGAGCCUGGUCUGCCUGUGGGGACACUCUCUGGGCUCUGGAGUGGCCACCAACGCUGCAGUGAAAAUCCAAGAACAGGGUUCUGCCGUCGACGCUCUGGUCCUGGAAGCGCCGUACACCAGAAUUGGAGAAGCCGUAGCAAAUAACCGGCUGGCCAAGCUGUACAUGUUCCUGCCGGGUUUUGAGAGUUUACUCUGGAACAUUCUGGAAAGGAUCAACAUUUCAUUUUCCAAUGAUAAAAAUUUGGAGACGCUGAGCAGCCCCCUCCUGAUCCUGCAUGCGGAGGAUGACAACGUCGUUCCGUUUCACAUGGGUCAGAAGCUGUACCAGAUAUCGCUGCGAGCCCAGAGGGAACCGGAGGCGGGCGAUCGAGUGCAGAUGGUCUCCUACGGGGCGAACCUCGGACUGUCCCACAGCCACAUCUCCUCGGCCCCCGACUUGGCAGACGUCGUGCAAAAAUUUCUAAAAAACCUGGAGAGAGAAAGAUGAAAGUCUGGGGGGGAG